ACUUCAAAUUUCCCAGUCCAAGAGCAACCAGUCCCAUCGCUAGUCUGCUUAUCCAGUAAGACGUCGGUAAGCAAAAGGUGCCUGAUUUCGGUAAGCUAGCAGGACAUUACCUAUUUGGCAUCCUCUAUGACGUCGUAUGUUCAGGCGUGGAAGUGGAAUGGGCAUACUGACAGUAAAACUUCGAUAUACUAAACAAUUUGAAAUUUUCUUCCCAACUCGUUGCUUCUUCCUCUGCACAGACUUUUCAUCACGCUCCGCUCCGCACCAUAAACAUCGGCAUACUUGCUCUUUAAUUCUUAAGGAGUUAAUAUCAACAUAGCAAAGUCUUCAAUCUACAGCAUCGUCAGUAACAUGACAGGAUAACAGGAAAUAUCUUUUGUAUGUCUUUGAGGCUGCGAAGCCUGAGCUAUGAAGCUAAACACGCUCGACUUGGCAGUACAUGUGAUCUAUCAAAAAUGGAUAGUUGUUAUCUUUCUGUGCAGCGCGCUGCGGUUGCUUGAAAAUCUUGCAAACUUGCACUAGGCACUCAGCAAUCCAAUCUCCACCCUUGUCACAGAAGUAACAGGUGAUACUUUUCUAUGCCAGUGCUAUUUCACAUUUACACGUAUUCAUUUGUCUAGAUGAUUUAUUCCUCAUUUGUGCACAGCUCCAUUGAUGCCCCCCUUUGUCCAUCCACUUUACAUUCUCAUGGAGAAUCUAAAACAACACAAAAUGUGCGGGUGGUGCUUUACAAUCUAAUGCACCGCAUGUUCUCGUGCGUAGCAGCAUACUACGAGGUCCAUGGUGUCAUGAUGUGGUGAUUUGUUAUGAUGAGCGCGCUCAUUGUGAUUAAAAUAUCAGCUAGAUCCCACAUAAGGAGAAACUCUUCAAAUGAAUCUUCUAAAGGGUAGCAUAUGGCUUCGCUGCGGUGGUGCCCGAGUAAUCGCCGCUGUAAAUUUGGGUCUAACGUAUGCUUACUGUACAUCAUACGAAGGAACGAUCGGCUGGAUGCCGCAUUUAAGCCAGUUGCAGAGUAAUUGGCAGCCACAAUGCUGAUUACUGGUCCAGCUCUAUUUUAAGAGUGAAACCACGGCUCACGCCCUUGCCUCACGCCCUUGCCUGAUACAAGAACGAUGGUUGGAACGCGCUAGUGUUAACGAGCAUUUAUCUCAAAUCAUGUUUUGACCUUGAUUCUAUGAUGUCAUGAGCCACUGAAACGGGGUUACGCAAUGACAUGCGGUCGACAUACCAUAUAUCCUGUCCAGGUUUUUCUGUGACAUUGUAUGUUGUAUUGCACAAACGCAAACCAUGCCUUAACG